UGUAUUCCAAUUUGCACAUUUGCAUUUUGACUGGAAGACGACGAAUUUGCAGAUCGACAGAACCAUUCACCUGUCACAGAGGGCCACUAGGGAGUCAUGGCUCGCUUGAACACACAUCCCGAACCAUUGGCUACUGAGGGUUCAGGAAUGCCACUUGUGUCGCCCAGUGCCUCAACCAUCGCGCACCAAAGAAGAACAGCAGCUACUGCCGUUGCAACUGUCUUGUCCGUUGUCUUCGCUGCCCUGGUUGCCUCUGCACUUUCGUACAUCCUCUACAAAUCCAUGUACUCUCCUCGACGCAUUCAGAAUAGGUCUGCUUUCUGCUGCCCGGAUAUUCUCGAGACCCUGCACUACGUUAUUAACCGAAGCAAAGAUCCCUGCCAAGACUUCUACCAGUACAGCUGCUAUGCGUGGAGGGAAAACCGUACCAGCGCAGUGCGGGAACGCCUAAUGGAAGAUGUGGUCUUUCCCAUCUUCCAAAUGAAGGCGCCGACAGUGGAACAUGGCCAUUCGGGCAGCUCACCAUCAGCCAAGGUCAUUGGACUCUACUACGGCGGCUGCAUCAGGCAUGCACUUAGAGGCGCCAAGCACAUCGUGGAAUCGGCACUGCGGGCAGUCAUAACGGUUGUGCCAGAUCUUGCACUGAAUUCUCCGCAAGCGGUUAUCUUCAAGGAUAUGAUUGUGCUGGGUAGCGAGUACUACCUCUUCUUCUUCAUCAACUUCUUCUAUGUUCCCCCUUCGAAGCGGAGGAACGCCCAUAUGUCCAUUUCUGUCUAUCCAAGAUUCAUCGGCGAUGAGGUGGUGGCGAAGGAAGCGCUCGCUAUAGCCAUCUCCUUCACCAACCAGCACUUUAACGCAAACGUCUCAGUAAACGAUGUCACGGAGUUCCUCCGCGAAGUGCAACGAAGGUCACCGACGGAGCUCACUACGACGACUAGUCCUGCGACUCGGUAUUCAACAAGCCGAUCACCCUCAGAAAACAGUGAAGAAGUAUCCAAAGUCCACACGACUAAAUUUUCCGACGUGAGCCUCUUGUUACCAAGUAUCCCUCAAGAGACAUGGGUGUGGGUGUACGAGGGCCUCCGAUAUUCAACCGAUUCCGAGGUUGUCGUCACUGGCGCAUCGCUUGUGAACUUCGUAUUCGAAUCUUUCAGCAAUAUUCGGUGGCGACCGGCAGCCAUAGCCUUGCUUGUGAUCCUCACAGCGUCUUCGAUCGACUCCGGCCUUUGGGAUCUGGCGCGGACUAAGGAUGCCGUACCCGCGCAGAAAUGCGCCCAGGUGACCAACGACCUUACACCGUUAUGGGACAACGCUCUGACAAUCGCCCUGACUAGCGAUGAGAAAGACGCCACGGUUCGUACCAUUUUCGACAGGACUGUGGGCGCCAUAAGAAUGGAAGUCAUAAGCCGCACCCAUGGACAGUCUGCAGUCCGCCUGUUAAGCAACAUCAUCAGCAACAUUACGCUUCUGCUGCCGUCGGACCGGGACCCACCGGUUUUCAAUAUCACGUUAGUAAAAUACACCGACGACCAGGACGUCGGCGACAAGCAUGUCAAAGAUCACAGCAGCAUUGAAAAUUACUGCGCGAACGCGCUCGCUGUCCUCCGGUACUGGGUGUACUACGACCGGUACCAGGCAAUCAGCAGUCUCAUCUUCCAGUUCUUCAAAGGAAGGGAGGUCUAUAACACCUCCGUUACUAUAAUGGGAGGGUACCUUUACGUUCCCCCUGCCACUUACGCGUUGUUGUCCUUCAAGAACGACACCGAUAGGUUAAUCAACUUCGCUAUUCUUGGCACACAGAUCGCGGACGCCACUUGGUCGUACGUAAUAGGCUUGUUUAAGUCUCAAGGAGGGACGACAGCCGAGUGGGACUUGCUCAAAUGUAGCCAUCCUAACGCACUGCCCGGUGUACGCGUGUCGGAGCCCUGGCUGGGUACGUGGAUAACGGCUAAAGUAGCAAUGACGGAUUCGUGGCAUUUCGUAAUGGACGGCUGGGGGACGAUGAAGGUGUCCCCGAGCCAAGUCUUCUACAUGCUCCUCUUCUACCAUCACGUUUGCAGCAGCGAGAUCAACGUUGCAGGCGGACAGCGUGUGAGCCAAUUCAUGAGCACACUACCGGAUUUCAAUAGAGCAUUCAACUGUCCGAUGGUGAACGCUACUUUGAAGUGCGACACCCGUGUUCUUCAGUCAAGCACGGAAAGCGCAAUGUAAUGUUUAGUUUUUGCUGCCAUUCAAUUGGGCACAUAUAUGAUACGAAUAAUA